CAAACGCAUAAUCCUCUCCAUUCCUAUGUCCAAGAAAUUUCUCUUUCAUGAAUUUCAAUGUGCAAUUAUAUGAAGAAUCUUUCUUCUUUUUCAAGAAAAAAGUUCCUCGUGCAACGUCUCUGCUUUGCCUGAAUAGAUAUCCAUUCCUCUUGAACUGUAUUUUGCCAUUCACACAAUUAGUUCUUUCCCAAAUCAACAUGAGCUUCCGUUCUGUUGUUUCUCCUUUUGCUCUCUUCAUUCUUUAUUGCUGUUCUUUGAUUCAAGCUCAGCAGCCUUACGUGGGGAAAGGUACAACAAAAUGUUCAAACACAGAAAAUUCCGCUCUGGGGUAUUCUUGCAAUGGCCUGAACAAGAGUUGCCAAGCUUAUCUGAUCUUCAGAUCCCAACCUCCUUACAGUACUGUUGCCUCCAUAUCUACUCUUUUGGGUUCAGACCCAUCUCAGCUCUCUCAAAUAAAUUCAGUUUCUGAGACUACAUCAUUUCCAACAAACCAGUUGGUGCUGGUUCCUGUCAACUGCUCAUGUUCAGGCGAUUAUUUUCAGGCAAACGCAUCUUAUAUUGUUCAAUCAGGUAACACUCCUUUCUUGAUUGCUAAUAACACUUAUCAAGGCCUCUCAACCUGUCAAGCUAUCCGGAAUGAAAAAGGUACACGAACUGUCAAUAUAUUUGCUGGUGAAACACUCACUGUUCCUCUUAGAUGUGCCUGUCCUACAAAGAACCAGAGUGAUUUAGGUAUCAGGUAUCUGUUAAGUUACUUAGUCACAUGGGGCGAUACAGUUUCAAUUGCUGGUGUACGAUUUGGUGCAGAUAUCGGGAGAGCUCUUGAAGCUAAUGAAAUCAGUGAGAAAAAUCCCACGAUUUACCCCUUCACAACACUCCUAAUUCCUUUAAAAAACCCACCAACAAGUUCACAAACUGUAGUGCCACCGCCACCUCCAGCUUCACCUUCACCUUCACCUCCAUCACCGUCUCCAAACUCCGACAAAAGCGCAAACAAAACAUGGAUUUAUGUUUUCGUUGGGGCUGUUGGAGGAAUUGUUCUUACACUAGUCAUUGGAACCAUUAUUUUCUUCAUGCUCUUCCGAAAAAGUAAGAAGCAACCGGGUCCAAUUAUCGUGUCACAAAGCUUUGAGGCACAUGAGAAACCACUCAACAGGAAGUUGGAUGAAGAACCUCAGGAUUUGUUAGAGAGUGUUUAUAGCAUAGCUCAAUCCAUCAAAGUCUACAACUAUGAAGAUCUGAAAGCUGCAACAGAUAACUUCAGUCCCAGUUUUUGGAUCAAAGGGUCUGUUUUUCGUGGCCUAAUCAAUGGUGAUUUCGCUGCCAUUAAGAAGAUGAACGGAGACGUGUCCAAGGAGAUAGAUUUAUUGAAUAAGAUCAACCACUCUAAUCUAAUUCGCCUCUCCGGUGUUUGUUUCAAUGAUGGGCAUUGGUACCUGGUUUACGAGUAUGCUGCCAAUGGACCUUUGAGUGAUUGGAUUUAUGUUAGCAGUAACGAAGGAAAGUUUUUGAAAUGGACACAAAGGAUACAGAUUGCUACGGAUGUAGCUACAGGGCUUAACUAUCUGCAUAGUUUUACUAACUAUCCUCAUGUCCACAAGGAUAUAAAGAGCAGCAACAUACUUCUUGAUAAAGAUUUAAGGGCUAAGAUUGCGAACUUUUCCCUGGCAAGGUCAACAGAUGGGCCGGAAGGUGAAUUUGCAUUGACAAGGCACAUCGUUGGGACUAAAGGUUACAUGGCUCCCGAGUACUUGGAAAAUGGUAUUAUCUGUACAAAACUUGAUGUCUAUGCAUUUGGAAUUCUCACACUGGAGAUAAUGACUGGGAAAGAAGUUGCUGCUUUAUACAGAGAGGAAAACAGGGAGCUAUCUGAUGUUUUAAAUGGUGUUCUUUCUGAGGAAGGUGGGCUGGAGGAGAGUCUGAGUCAACUUAUUGAUCCUUCAAUGCAAGGGAAUUAUCCUUCAGGACUCGCCGUUUUAAUGGUCAGAUUGAUUGAUAGUUGCUUGAACAAAAAUCCAGCAGGUCGCCCAGCCAUGGAUGAAAUCGUGCAGUCUCUCUCAGGAAUUUUGAUUACUUCUCUGGCCUGGGAAUUGUCAAACAACACAUCUAGCUACCAUAGUUCGAAUUAGAGCUCUCAAGAGCAAGGAAGCUGAAGUGAAUUCUUUCACCAACUAUAUACCUUUCGGAAACUCUUUUGUCAUUAUCCUUCUCCGGUUUUCCAUCUAAUGGGUUAUAGAAUGCAGUAGAAAAUAUUUCUUUUCCUGUAUAGCGACACUUGAAAUCAUUAAUCUAGAACUUCUAUGAUCAUAGUUGAAACAAGCUACAUAUCUUAGCAACUUUUUUAGUAGAUUACAGUUCAUGUUUUGAA